AUGUAAAGAACUAAACAAUCAUUUAGUGAAUAUGAUUCUUCCAACAUGAAUAAUUCAAAAUUGAUAACUCAAAAAUAUCAGAAUAAAUAAUAUUAUAAUGAUAAUAGUGGGAGAAUAGGAAUAGCAUUACCUGAAUUGCAAAAAUAUUAAAAAUAAUGUUUAUAAUAAUCAAAUCCUACUUAAAGAAGUGAAAUGGAAAGAAAUAUAACAUGGACAAAGAAAGAAUUUAUUAAAGAAUAAAUAAUCUAACAUAAUAGAAGGAUUAGGAAGAAAUUGGAUUCAGAUAAUUCAUUUAGUCAAAAUUAUAGUGUCGAUGAUUAAAUAAGAACCAGACGAAAAGCUAAUUUAUCUUCUUAUAUGUUUGGUGGAUUUAUUUUACAAGAUUAUAAUGAAUAAGUUAACAAAUUACAUAAAUUAUUGUUAAAGAAAGUUAUUCUAAAUAGAUGAGAAGGU